AUGCCGCCAUUCCUGGAGCAGGGCGGCUUUGAGAGACCUCUGAAACAUUUGGACCUGCCUGAGACACCAUCCACAGCAGUGCCUUCGGUCACACCAAGUCCGCUGGGCAGCCCUGUGGUUGGAGAGAGCCCGAAGCUUUGCGGAGGUGAGAAGGCUCUGGACGUGCAUCGCCCGGAGAUUUCAACCUGUCGCGGCCGAGAGCAGCCAACCGGCGAUGCUUGGUUGGAAGGCAACGGUGUGGCCACAUUGGACCUUGGAGGUGAUGCGGGGCUUCUGAUCGGUGGCCUCUUGGCUGGGCCUCGGCCGCGGCCGCUGGGCCUUGUGAAGCCAGAGCGAACGGUUGUGGCAGAAGCCUGGCUGCUUCGAGCUGCAUUGAGCGUGGCCACAGCAAAGAUGGCGGGGCAGGUGCUUGCAUCUUUUGCACCAAGCCAAAUCACACUGCUCCGGGCCACAGGUGUGGUGGCUCGGGCAAAACCUGCUGUUUCUGCGGCACAGCAGGUAGCGUGGUCGGCGCUUGCGCGGUGCAGCCACACACGCUCGCAGCGUCGGCGACUGCUUCACGGAGCUUUGCUCGCUGCUGCAGGAGAGUUCGGCCUCAAGCAGCCUGCGCAGAUGGCAGACGUCAUUUCUGAUUGGUGUGCGACGCAGGAGAUCGCAGGGCUUCCUCUUUUGGUCACUGGAAAGGAUGCAAGGGUCAUUCCCGCACUUCUUCUAUCAGUUCUGAGUCGUCUGCAGGGACGUCAGCCUCGGAUCGAUCCGAAGGGCCUCGCUGUUGCAGAGCUUUGUGCGGCGAGCGUGCUGGAGCACAUCACCCUGCCAUCGCCCCGAAAGGGCAUUUUCAAGGUGCCGGACCUGACUAAGCUGUCGCCCUCGGCAUUGGUGAAUUGUAGGCUGCUGAUCCGGGACGUCUCCCAGGCCUCGCCAGGCUUUCGCUUCGCGCUCAAGGGGCAGGUCACGGCGCAGGUCACAGAGCUACAUGAAACGGCACCGCAGACGGCUGGGAUUCCUGUGCUGGCGCCCGCAGCGCGGCGGGCCAAGGCGGCCAUCUUCGUCGAGGAUGUCAGCCUCCCGCUGAGAGCAGAGGUGCCACUGGCAGCAGAAGCACUUUUCGGUCCUGGGCUACAAGCGCGCGAAGCUUUCGCAUGGCAGGUCCCGCAACAGAUUCUGUUCGCCAAGCUGCGGACAAGGUUGAAAUCCUUUCGCGGAGCCUCUGACUCUGAACGAUCACAGCGCAAUGCUCCCGGCGCUUUGGUACCCUGGCCUUGA